GGCGCCGGGCCGGAGGAGCCCCGGAAGCAGCCCAAUGGAGGCGGCGGGAUCGGCGGCGCUGAGGGACCCGGCGGGGCGCCUGCCCGGAGGCUUCUGGGCGGCGGCGGCCGUGUGGCUGGAGCGGCCGCAGGUGGCCAACAAGCGGCUGAGCGGCGCGUGCGCGGAGGCCCCCCUCAGCCUCCCCAGGGCGGGCGGGGGCGCGGCGGGCCCGGCGGAGGGAGCCUGGGAGGCCUUCUGCGCAGGCGCGGCGGGGGAAGCGCUGGGACUGCGGGGGCCGCUGGAGCUGCAGCUGCGACGCCUCUUCCCCCGCCGGCCGCCCGCAGGCCCCGCAGGCGCCCUCUCGGCGGAGCUGGUGGUGCGAGAUGUCCUUAAUGGGUCGGUAACCUUUUUGCCUUUGGAGCAGACCUGCGAAGGCCAAUACAAGGUGAAGAGCGACAAUAUUUAUCAAAUUCGGCUUUGGCACAGACAGGACGUUGAAUGGACUGUGUCAGUGCUGCUGAAUCCAGGAAAAUAUGUUCCCGAUGGAGUUGUAUAUCCUAAAGCAGAGUGGCUUGGAAAUGAAUUGAUUUCUAAACUGGUGAAAUGGUCUACAGAGGUCCCCAAAAAUGAAUUUAAGAGUACGCUCUCUCUCGUUUCUGUAGCGAGAUACAGCCAGGUCUAUCAGGAGUUAAAGGAAAAGUACAAAGAGAUGGUCAAAGUUUGGCCCGAAGUAACAGAUCCUGAAAAGUUUGUAUAUGAGGAUGUUGCUAUAGCUACUUAUCUGCUGGUCCUCUGGGAAGAUGAGAGAGCUCGGAAGGGCCUGUCCCAGAAGCAGUCCUUCGUGGACCUGGGCUGUGGAAAUGGACUCCUGGUUCACAUUUUAAGUAACGAGGGGCAUCCAGGAAAAGGAAUGGAUGUCCGGAGGAGGAAAAUAUGGGACAUGUACGGCCCUCAGACCUUCUUGGAGGAAAGUGCCAUUAAUCCAAACAACCUUUAUCCGGAUGCUGACUGGUUAAUUGGAAAUCAUUCCGAUGAGCUGACACCCUGGAUCCCCGUGAUGGCAGCCAGGUCUUCCCACUCGUGUCGCUAUUUUCUGCUGCCCUGCUGCUUUUUCGACUUCUAUGGGAAAUACAACCGGCGGCAGAGCCAGAGGAGCCAGUACAGGGAAUAUCUCGAUUUCGUCACAGAGGUUGGGACUGUGUGCGGCUUCCAGGUGGAAGAAGAUUGCCUCCGGAUCCCUUCCACCAAAAGGGUCUGUUUAAUCGGAAUGUCCAGAACUUCCCCGGCGGCACGAGGCGAUCCGGCCCUGGAGGCCGAGAGAAGGGCCUUCAUCAGGAAACGGCAGCCUUGCCACCUAACGGGGCCCCCGGACAAAGCCUGUCCCUUGCGUCGGGAGCAGAGCCCCCCGGCCGCCGGUCAGCUGCAGUGCCCGGAGGCCUCUCGGGGGAGAGAUGGGCGGACUCUCUGGCCCUCUGGGUUUCUGCCUCGGGGCAAAGAACAAGUAAGAAACUGCACCACCCUCCCGCAUGCCUUUGUAGACCAGGUGGCUCUGAAGGUAGCCCACCUGUUGUUAAGCGAGACGGGACGGAGCCUCCACGGACCUUCCAGCCCCUGGAACAGCGGAGAGAGUCUUCCCUUGAGUGAAAUUGCCGGGCAUUUAGACAAGGAGACUUUGAAAACUCUGAAGAAGGAAUAUGGAGGCCUACAGACCUUGCUCAGAAAUAAUUACCAGGUGUUUAAAGUCCAACAUGGGAAAGUUCGCAUCCGCGACUGGAGGGAAGAGGAGAGGCCCAGGAAGCAGCCCCGGGGCCGGCAGAGCAGAGCCCACCUCCCUUCUGAAGCCACCAAAACUCGGCUCUGCUGGUUUGACCGGCAUCACCCUCAAGGCUGCCCUCUGCCCUCGGCCUCCUGCCCUUACGCCCACGGAACCGCUGAGCUGAACCAAAGACGAAUCGCGCCGGGCAACAAAGAGCUGCUAGUUCAACUUUGCUAAAUAAAGAGUUGCCUCUCCUUCA